UAUGUCGGUAGCUAAGGAUGAAGAUCCUGAGACUUUGGCCCUACCACUACAUGCUGUCACUCCCGUAAUUCCAGCUCCAUCUCUGCCAGAUGUGCAAAUUUCAACAGCCCCUGUUCAAUUGCUGACUCCACUCCCAUCAACAGAAGGAAGUAGCUCAACAAUCUCCAUCACUGAAACAGAGACCGCUGACCGAAACAUCUCUGAAGGAGAGAUCCUCAUAAACUAUGGGCAAAUGGCCGCAGCAAAAGCAUUAAUCGAAGAAGGUAUCUACUUUCCAAACUUCAAUGUUAGUCUGUCUAGUACACUCCAGGAUGCUCAAGAAAUGGAUGAAGAUCCUCCCAGUGAGGGACAAGUAAUCUCAAAGACACGUAAGGGAUUGCAAAAAUACUCACUUGGCACAAUGUUAGCACAAGUCAGUCAAGGCCCAUAUGCCCCACAAGAAGUACAUCAUCCUGAGGACUCUGAUGACGAUAGUAGUGCAGGGCAAGUCAGUGAAGGCCAGAUGCCCAGAUUUACUGGAGCAGCAGAAAGCAUCAUGACUGGACAGUCACAAUACAGAAGUUCUCGAUCAAUGAAUAGAGGCUCAAGCUUAACACGAAGAGGACGUUCACCAUCACCAGGACAGUUUGAUAUUCAAAAAGAGGGAAAUGGAUGGGAGCUUGAUGCCAGCUAUGGACCUAUGACCUUGGCAGAUCUCGAAACAUGUCCAAUCGCGGCGCUUCCCAACAGUCAAGCGCUCCAGAAGACCCCAAAAGCAAGAGAUAAGGGACAGGAUGAUGACAUACCAGCGAUGGAGCAAAAACCAGCAACUGCACGAGUGAUAAAAGUUGAAAGUAGAACUCCAGAUGCCACACAACAAAGUAAUGCUUAAGAAGACAGAAUAAGCAUUUGCUGAUCUUGCCACCAUGAACUGCUCCAUUUGGCAGCCCACAAAAUAUCUUCAACUCACGAAGAUAUUAGAGAUUGAAUGUGUACCUAGGCUGUGAGUGCCAUAGCUGGAGUAUGGAGCUACUCCCAGGAUGAAUUAAUAACAAGACAUGCAUUACUACCUCCUACUUCUGUGCUAUCAAUAAAAUAUGACCUCUAUGAGCAAUUUAAAUUAUCAGCAGAACAACAGUGAAUUGCAACCUUAAAGUACAAGUUGAAACUAUAAAGGAAAAUCUACCCGUCUAACAUUCCCAGCAGGGAGCCUCAAAUGAAGGGAAUCUGGAUCUGGAAGGAAGGGCUAUACUGAUGUGAUCUUAUCUACAACUUAUUCUCAGUGUCAGUAGAAUUCUCACUAGGAGCACAACAAUCAGAAAAUUUAUUUUAUGUCAACAAACACAACAGUGUAAACACAGCUCUUCGGAGGGACACUUCAGUUUAAAGACAUCAAACUGCAACCGUACAGAUUGUCGUCUUAAUCAUGACAGUAUCUACACUUCAAAAAUACUUCAUUAUAUAUAAAGCAUUUUGAGACAUCCUGAGUUAAUGAAAGGUGCUAUGUAAAUGCAAGUCUUUCUCUUCUUGACCUUGCAUCUGCAACAAAAACAAAAUACAAUGACAACAAAAAUCCUUUACAUCUUAAUAAAGUGGCUGAUGUUACAAGGUAUUUGAAAGGAGAAGCUUGAGAAGGGUGUUGGAGAAGUAUCUUUUGUUAGCACGUUCCACAUCUUUACACUCUUUCAAAGCAAAUCUGUAAUAAAUCAUCUAAAUCUCAUGGACCAAAUGAAAAUGGUUUGAGUCAGCAGAAUGCUUUGAUGUUUCCCCGGAUCUGUGGAGAACAGCAAUAAUAUUGCAUACAAUGAAGUGCAAUAUCUUUUUACCUGAUAACAGAUACAUUUGCUGCGAGAGGUUAUUGUGGAUAGUCAUGUGCUCUGCAGACUGGAUGCUUUCUUUUCCUGAAAAAGUGAAAAGCACUCAAGAA